AUGGUCAACAGUUCAUCUACGGAUUCCAACAAGAAGAAACCUACUUCCACUUCCAACUCCAAAAGUAGCAACCCGUCGCCCUCCAAGGGUCACAUGCCUCUUUUUUGGAAACAAUUUGUAAACAACCCAAAGAGCAUGUCUACAGACUCUUUGUCGUCACAAAAGAAGGAGAAUAACAAGUCUUUACAAAUUAGACCCACUUUAUCCUCUAGAGCAUAUUCCUAUAAUUCUCCAACAAGAGAUAAGCGUUCCCCAAUUAAGAAGGGCAUGUCCGUCGCCCCUGGUUCCUCCCCCGGUGAAGAAUAUAAGAAUUACAGAGAUAUGUUCUUGUCCGAUAGAAAUGGAUUUACAGGAAGAGUAUUUGGCGUCUCAUUAUCUGAAUCAUUAAGUAUCGCGAGUGCAGAGGUCAUUGUACAAAGUGAAUUGGUCAGUUUUGGCCGCAUACCCAUUGUAGUAGCCAAAUGUGGGGCUUAUUUGAAGGCAAAUGGGUUGGAAACACAGGGAAUAUUUAGAAUAGCUGGGAAUAAUAAACGUGUUAAGGAAUUACAAUUUAUCUUUUCAUCUCCACCAGAUUAUGGUUCGAAAUUUAAUAAUUGGGAACCAUAUACAGUACAUGAUGUAGCUUCAUUACUUCGAAGGUUUCUUAAUAACUUGAAAGAACCAUUGAUUCCAUUAGCGCUUUAUGAUGACUUUAGAAUACCAUUGACUGAAAGACCAAGAAUCUUGAAACAUAUGAUGAGCCAUAAUGUAUCUCAUCCAAAUGCUGAUAAGGAAAAUAGUUUACAAAUUGAAACCAAGACAACAGAACAAGAUGAUAAGGCUGAAGAUGGAGAUGAAGAAAAGGAGGAUGAGGCCACAGAAGAACAGAAGAAAAGAAAGAAAAGACGUCACAAGAAGAGACUCGCCCGUGAUAUUAGAGCUGCCAUUAAGGAUUACGAAACUUUAUUUUCAAAAUUGACAAAUGAUUCUAAGCAAUUAACCAUUUAUUUAUUGGAUUUAUUGAGUUUAUUUGCUAGACAAUCUCAAUUAAAUUUGAUGUCGGGAAGAAAUCUUGCUGCCAUUUUUCAACCUUCAAUACUGUCACAUCCACAACAUGAUAUGGACCCAAAGGAAUACGAAUUGUCCAGGUUUGCCGUGGAAUUUUUAAUUGAAUAUUCUUACAAAUUAUUACCUUACCUUUUAAAAUUGGCUAAAGAGGAACAAGAAGCUAAACUUUUAAAACAAAAAGUACCUGACAAACUAAUUGUUAGUAAACCUGAAACUGAUGACGAGAACAGUCAGGAUGAAAAUGUGUCUUCCACAAACGUGAAACCUAUCGAAAUACCUACAAAUGAGAAGGGGAAACUAUCAAUAUCAAACCCAGAUAUUAUGAAAGAAGGGUCGCCCAAACAAGAUCAUAUACGGCCACCAAAUAUUGUGGAUAGAACCCCAAAACGAACAAGUUCAAAAUCUUUAAGAAUUCCGAAACAGACAAGACCACAUUCUAAAUCCAUCGGCUCUACACCAGUGCCACCCGAUGUAAUUGCAAGCAAUAAAAGAAGAACGAGGUUGUUCUCAUGGCUUCAUAAGCCCGGUAUUUUAAGUGAUACUGGCGAUUUGACUGCUACUGAUGACGAUAUCGAUGAAGAAAAUACAGAAUUAUAUGGUCAAUCACCAAUGAGUACACAAUCCACCUCUUACAUAGCCAGACAAAAUUUAGCAGGACCAUCGAGGACUACCAGAUCAUUUAGUGGGAACAGUACUUCUUCAUCAUUUAAAGUAAGACCGAUGUCAAUGAUGCUAUCAGGAAGCAAUAAUAAAUCCAUUGAUGAAUUAGAUUCAGUACCAGUAAGUGAGGAUAAACAAUUAGAACAAUCAAAAAAUGAAAAUAGUUUUCAAGCAAAUGAAGAGCGUGCUCCACGGUCGAAGAAGAGAGAAUCAUGGUUCCAGAGAUUGACACUCUCUGGUUCUGUAACUAGGGAAUAG